CUUCCAGAGACACCCUGGUCUGGCAUGGGCGACAAGAGGAGUCCCACAAGGCCGAAGCGUCAACCGAAGCCCUCCUCCGACGAGGGGUUUUGGGACUGCAGCGUGUGCACGUACAAGAACACGGCGGAGGCUUUCAAGUGCAUGAUGUGUGAUGUCAGGAAAGGGACAUCAACAAGGAAGCCACGCCCAGUCUCCCAGCUCGUCUCGCAGCAGCAGGCCACCCAGCAGUUCGUGUUACCCUCGCAGCCCAAGAAGGAGAAGAAGGAGCGCGUCGAGCGGGAGAAGAGCGACAAGGAGCCGGCGCUCAAGAAGAACAGUCACAAAAAGAUGAGGCCCAGGUUAAAAAACAUUGACCGUAGCAGCGCCCAGCACCUGGAGGUGACGGUGGGCGACCUGACGGUCAUCAUCACGGACUUUAAGGAGAAGGCCAGGCCCUCGUCCACCUCGGCGUCAUCCUCGAGCGCCGCGUCAUCUGCCGCCGACCAACACAGCCAGAACGGCUCCAGCUCGGAAACCACCGAGAAGGGGCUCUCGCGCUCGUCCUCGCCUCGGGGAGAGGGCGGCUCGGUUAAUGGGGAGUCCCACUGAGCCCGCCCUUUCCUCCCAUCCCCGCCCCGACCCGGCUGACUUUCUGUAAUUGCUUUUCAAGUGGGAACUCUGAGCCUUUGUCAGGCACAGGCCCAUCAGGAGUUGAAUCAGUCACCUCCGUGAUUUGCGAAGCUUUCCGCACGACGGGAAGCUUUUCAUUUGGACGAUUUUCGCGGCGCUUGAGAGAAUCCCACGCAUUGUGCGAAGCUUCCAUACAGACAGCUUAGAUUUUACAACAGCCUUUUUUCAGGACUGUGAUGACAUGCUCAGACACGCUAUGAACAGUGAAGUGCUCCGGGGAUACAUAUUUUUUUUGGGGGGGGGGGUCCAGUGCCCAUCUGUCACACCCUGCAAUCUCAAACCCUGAAACUUGUACUUCUAUUGAACUUCUACUGUGGAAUCAAGGAAGAUGUUUUUGGCCUGGAGAAUAUUCUUCAGCAGGGCUAUGCUCAUUUGUUGGCAGUUUUUUUGGGGGGUAUUAAAGACCACAUUUAGGGAAGGUUUAGUAUAUUCUUAAGGGUCAUACCAGUGAUUUUUUGUUCUUGUUCGAGUGAUGGAGACUUGAAGCUAAUUGGACGACGUGGGAUUUGUUGUCCUCAAACGCUAUUUUCAGGAAUGGAUUCAGUUGCGUCAUCUCGCCGGGUUCAAACAAGCCGGCUUGGAAGUAACUCAGGAUUGACACCCAUCGAAAUAGACGUCUCUGCACAUCCCGGCAAAUCAGGUUUCAGACGCGGUGAAAAAGAGGACAGGCCGUUUGAGAAAGCAACAUUUUGGCCGGUCAAAGUGAGCAUUGUUUUGUUUUUUUGGUUUUUUUUUCCCUCUGGAAUAAAAUCGCCGCCGGCGCACAAAAGGCAACUCCUGCGCGACGAGCCAAGACGACGCAGAUGCGGUUCUGUGGACCUCGUCGUGGCUUAGGCGCCACGUAACAUGCGGAAAACUUCGGGACAUUUAUUUGCCAGGCAGAUGAUAGCUCGCGGUGGGAUGAAUUUCAACAACGGUUUAUGCUCCAUCAUUUUCAUGUAGCCAACUGUCGGAGCUUUAAAUGUACUAAACUCCCGGCCGAGCAAUGAAUAGUUAUUGUAAGGACACAAAUACGUCUACAUUUCAAACUUUUAGAGUCACACAGAUUAAUGGAUAUUUAUGAUAUAUUGUACUACCAUACCAUGUUUUGAUGUGGCUGUAUGUGUCAUAUCAGUGUUAUUGCCAUGUUUGAUUGUUUUCCCAUUUUAAGCGGUGAUUCAACUGUCACAGCAUGAUGAAAUGUGUUCGAACGUGGGACAAGUUGGUAUUGUUUAGAGCUAUGGUUCAAAACACUAGCUGGGACUAUGUGCGUGGGCCCGUGAGAACUGCUUAGAAAUGUGUUACUUGGUUGUGGCAACAAUGGAAUAUAUAUAUUUUUUGGGGGGGGGGUAUGUUUUUUGUUGAUACAUCUCCUUUUGCUUUGCUCGGUUGUUAGGAAAUGUGUGUUAAUUACAUGUCUGUCAGAGUAACAAAACGCAAACAAAAAAAUACUAUUAGAUGCAGUUUUACUUUUGAUUUAUUCUAUUAAAUUGCCUUGAUUACAUGCCAAACAAAGACAGCAUAUUGCUGUACUGUACCGUAUGUACGACUAUAGAUUUUUUUUUCACCCUUUAGCCCCACCUGGUGAAUCGUUUAGUAAAUACUGUACUGUUUAAUAUAUGUGGGAUAACAAAGCCCUCCACCCUCCCCUGCUAGUAGAAAUACAGAAAUAAUGCAUACUGCAGUUGAAUACCACCUAUUGAUUAGCAGACAUUCUAAAUGUCAAUAAACAAGCUCAUUUUC